CUGCGUCCAUCACUUGAUUGCUACGACUAAGCACACAGGAAAUAAGAAAGAGGGAGCUAGUCAAGCGAGCCACAUCAUGGCGGACCGGCUGGCAGUUGGUUUGUCGAAAUCGGUGGUGGUGGGGGCGAUCACCAAGAUCCAGUCGGCCAUUGACACAAGGUGAAGCGCGACCUUGUGUCAAUCACGUUGGAGCUGGAGAUGAUGCAGUCGUUCCUCGACGAUGCCAACGAGGAGAUGAAGAAUAAUCUGGUGAGGACCUGGGUGAAGCACAUUCGCCAGCUCGCCUACGAUGUCGAAGACUGCGUCGAAAAUGUUGUUCAGCUGGAUGACAAGCCAAUCUUCUGGCGCCGGCUGCUUCCGUCCUGGAUGGCGCCGCCGCUGCCGUUGGACGAGGCCGUAGAGGAGCUGGAGCAGCUCAAGUGCAGGGUGGAGGAUGUAAACAACUGCUACAGACGCUACAACCUCAUCAACUUCGAAUCUGCUGCAGGGUCAUCAUCCAAACUGGCGCACGGCACGACCGCAUAUGAGAUGCUGCUCGCCGACGCAAGGCGCACCACCAAGAGGCAGCACAGCCACUUGGAUGACCUCGCCAGCCAUAUAAUCACCAACAAAGUACACAAGCACCUGCAAGUGAUCUCCUUGUGGGGGUCGGCCGGCGAUCUUGGGACCACGUCCAUCAUCAGGGAGACCUACAAUGAUCCAGAAAUCUGUCAAUACUUUGCCUGCCGUGCGUGGGUGAAGCUGGUGCAUCCCUUCAGUCCCCACGACUUCAUCCAUGGUCUUAUGGCCCAGUUCUACGCAAACUCUUGCAAAGAAGAAGAAAAUGUUGCAACCGUAGGUAUGCAUGUCCUAUCGAAGAUGGAUACCACCCAUGCUCAUCUGUUCAAGGAGUUUGAGCAGCUAGUCACACAAAAGGCGUACCUCGUCGUCUUGGAAGGCCUGUCAAACAUGGUAGAGUGGGAUGUCAUCAGGACGUUUCUUCCUCACAGCGAGGAGGGAAGCUGUAUCAUUGUGUCCACGCAGCAACUCGAAAUAGCAAGCUUGUGCAUCGGCCAUUCUUACCAGAUAUUGGAGCUGAAACAGUUCUCGCCUCAGCAUUCUGUUUGUGCAUUCUUCAAGGAACCAAGGGUGCGUAAAGCAAGCCAAAAGAGUGAAGCGGAAGAUUGGAUGACGGAUCAGCCCCUUGUUGGACGUGAAUCACAAAUAAGAGAACUUCAUAAGUAUGUGGGUGAAGCACGCAUCAACUCUUCCCAUGUGGUGUCUGUAUGGGGAAUGGCUGGCGUUGGGAAAUCAUGUCUUUGAUAACACAGGUAGAAGUCCCUCAUUGAUUCAGUUUUACUACCAGAGAUGACCCCUAAAAAUGUA